AUGUUUGCUCCAGUAUUUAGCCGCACGGCUGCCCCUACAAUCAAAUCCGCCACAGCCCUCCCUUCACAAAUCGGGUUCCGACAAUUUGGUUCACUCCAUUCUACUGUCUUCCGUCCAUCGCCGACUGCCAUCGAAAGUCAUGUCCAACCUAACUCCUUGAUCUCCCACCGGGGUUUGCGCAUGCAGUCAACUUCCUCUACUCCAAAGGAUGAUGUGAAACUGGACUGGAACUCUUUCUUCAAGCUUCGUGCUUCCCGUCGCCGCUACUCCUUGGCCUCCUCUGUCAUGAGCUCUCUGGUGACCACUACUGUUGGUGUGCAGGUUCUGUCAUCGCAGGACCUGGAAUCUCUGGGUGCUCAAGUUAUGGGCCUGGACCCCUUUGUGGUUUUGGGAAUGGCCACAGCUGCUUGUGGUGCGGUUGGAUGGCUUGUCGGUCCAAUUGUUGGAAAUGGCCUCUGGGGUCUGGUUUACCGUCGUUUCACACCCUCUGUUGCAAUUAAAGAGAAGGAAUUCUUCGAUCGCAUUCGCCGAUUCCGUGUUGACCCUUCAACCAACUCCAUCGCGAACCCCGUUCCCGACUACUACGGCGAGAAGAUCGGAAGCGUGCAAGGAUAUCGCCAGUGGCUUAAGGACCAGCGGGCCUAUAACCGGAAGCGCCGCAACUUCAUUGCUUAA